AUGAAAGUGGAUUUUUUAACGCGUUUUAAAGGGAGGACUUCUACAAUGAACAAACGUGAAGGUGUCACUGGAAUCAUUAAAUCAAAUGGUACUCCAAUUGAGAAAAUGCCUGCCUCAUACACUUUUAGUUCCUACAUCUCCAAUUAGCAUGCCUAUAACUAUUCAGAUGUUGAAAAACACUCACAAUAAUCAAAUGAUGUCACUCCUACAAGCAAAGACCCAUAAGUUAUCACCAACAUUAAAACAUUUAACAAAAAUAGAAAAUUAUCACAUGCCUCUCCUUUAAAACCCGGCACUAAUAUGUCAAACAUGUAUCGAUCACAAUUUGUUCCCGAUAAGGAAAUGUACUCGUUUCCUCUCUCGAAAACAGGAUCAGUCAACCUAAACGAUUACGAAUUGAUUGCUAUACCAAAAAGUGUCUUGUAAUUUGGUAUUAGAGUAGAACAUACUGACGGGGAUUAACCUAGAUAAACUGUCUUGCCAAACAUCUCAAGACAGUUCCAAUCUAAGUCAUAAUCCCUUGAUUUACAACAAGAUAGACCAAUGAUCAAAUCAGAAAUAUUGAAUUAAGGUUCUUAUGCAAAGUAAAAAGAAAAAAGAAGCCUUCUUAUAGCUGGAAUGAAUUCAAUUAAAUGA